AAUUUCACUAAAUACUACUCGCAGAAAUGCUUCAGAGGGAGAAGGAAGGUGGAGGUUGAACGCUGCAAAACCCGUGAAAAGUUUUUCUUGACCUAUGGGCAGUAUUGUCAAGAUGUCAAUAGGCAGUGCUUUGGCCCAAGUUCGAUUUUUCUCAGCCAGCUUCUUUUCUUCUUUAACCCAAUAUAUGUGGCUGACUUUUCUGCCUUUGUAGAGACAUGUCGAUUGCUUCUUGAAUUUUCUCAUGAUAGUGUUGAGUUACUUGGUUACUUUGCACUGUGGCAGAUUCUUUGGCUCAAUCCAAAUGCGACUCCCAACUUCUCAAAUUGCGCUGAUGGUCCUGCUACUAUCAGGAAAUACCCUAAAGAAUUUCUUCAGCACAGGUUUUCGGUUGUUGCUUCUGAGCUCAUGUCACAG